CCUGCUAUUCACAUUUACAUUCUAAUUCCUCCAACCCGUUUCCUCUUGUACUGGUCAAUGGCGCCCUCUCCCCCGCCACGCUGACUUUACCUGACCACCUGGACGGCCUUGUUUGCCCCUCCCCCACCAUUAGCUCCUCCUGCAGCUACGGCUGGUGACCCCCCGUGCCCCCCAAUUCGGCCUCUGCCGGACUCGGCCACCUUUACGAAAAUCCUUCAACGUUUUUUUUAAACCUUCCAAACCACACCACACCAUUCUGUCUUUUCUUUUCUUGUUUUUGCUUCGCUCUAGCAAUUACUAACGCUCACUCAAAGAAACACCGCCAUCAUGUCUCGCUUCCACGCCACCUCUACCGAUUCGGCCAUUGCCGCCGAGAACGAGUUCGCCGCUCACAACUACCACCCUCUUCCUGUUGUCUUCGCCAAGGCACAGGGUAUCAAUGUCUGGGACCCCGAGGGCAAGCAGUACAUGGAUUUCCUCUCUGCCUACUCUGCUGUCAACCAGGGCCACUGCCACCCCGAGCUCGUCAAGACUCUCUGCGAACAGGCCGGCCGCCUCACCCUCUCUUCCCGCGCUUUCCACAACGAUGUCUUCCCCAAAUGGGCCGAGAAGGUCCGCCAGGUUUUCGGUUACGACAUGGUUCUCCCCAUGAACACCGGUGCCGAGGCCGUUGAGACUGCCAUCAAGAUUGCCCGCAAGUGGGCUUACAAGGUCAAGGGCGUUGAGAAGGACCAGGCCCUCGUCUUCUGUGCCCAGGACAACUUCCAUGGCCGUACCAUGGCUGCCGUCACCCUCUCCACCGACCCCGAGUCCAAGGACAACUACGGUCCUUACCUCCCCAACAUCAGCGCUACCUGCCCUACCUCCGGCAAGGCCAUCCGUUACGGCAAUGUUGAGGAUCUUGCUGCUAUCUUCGAGGUCCACGGCAAGGACACUGCUGCCUUCAUUGUUGAGCCCAUCCAGGGUGAGGCUGGUGUCGUUGUCCCCGCCGACGACUACCUCUUCAAGGUCCAGGAGCUCUGCAAGAAGCACAACGUCAUCCUCAUCUGUGACGAGAUCCAGACUGGUAUUGGCCGUACUGGUAAGAUGCUCUGCUCUGAGUGGUCCAACAUCAAGCCCGACAUGGUCACCCUCGGCAAGGCCAUUUCCGGCGGCAUGUACCCCGUCUCUGCCGUCAUCACCAGCAAGGAGAUCAUGACCGUUGUCGAGCCUGGCACCCACGGCUCUACCUACGGUGGCAACCCUCUCGGCUGCGCCGUCUCCAUCCGUGCCCUUGAGCUCAUUGAGGAGGAGAACAUGAUUGCCAACGCCCAGCGUCUUGGUGAGAUCUUCCGCCAGGGCGUCGCGGCCCUCAACUCUCCCAUCGUCAAGGUUGUCCGCGGCCGCGGUCUCCUCAACGCCGUCGUCAUUGACGAGGCUGCUGCCAACGGCCGCACUGCCUGGGACCUCUGCCUGCUCCUCAAGAGCAAGGGUCUCCUGGCCAAGCCUACCCACGGCGACAUCAUCCGCUUCGCUCCCCCCAUGGUCAUCACCGAGGAGCAGCUCCGCCAGGGUCUUGCUGUCAUUGCUGAAGCUAUCAAGGAGCUUCCCAACGUCGAGAAGGCUGCUGCUCACUAAAUCCUUUAGCCGACCUUAGCACGGAGUGAAAGCCGCAUCUGCUGAUCCGGCCGCAUAGAAGAGAGCGCGAGCUCUUGAGGGCAUUUGAACGACAAGAACAAACCACUGCAUCAUCAUUGUCUUUUUUGCGUUGCCUUUUUUAUCUUUGUUUUAUUUACGUUUUUUAUGACUGGGCUUCAGGUGUUAUAACGUCGUUUCUUUGAGAUACCCGCAGGAUAGCCAUGACCGCACCGCCACGCGCGACAGCAGCAGUAGCGAACGAACCGACCCGAUACGGACGAACAAAAAGGAGGCUAGGAAGAGGAAAAGAGCUGCUGAAAAAGAAAUAACUAUAUAGUGUUAGACAGAAAAGGAAACUAAACAAAGUUUUAUUUUUGCUCU